GUGUGGCGUGUGUUCGGUGUGUUCGGUGUGUUCGGUGCCCGUCAUGGACGCCAACAGCAGCAGUUUCAUCCGCGUGCGCCUGCUGUUCGACUACCCCCCCCCUGCCGUGGUGCACUGCCGGAUGUGCUGGCUGCUCGUGGACCUGAAGGCGUGUCGCGUGGUGGCGGACCUGGAGAGCGUCAUCAGGGAGAAGUUCGAGCUGAGCUCCGGAAGCAUCCUGAGCCUUUUCGUGGACGACUGCUACCUGCCUCACACCGAGCACAUCCUGGUGGUGCGGGACAACGACAGCGUCAGGGUGAAGGUUGACUCUCUGCCCCAGGUGAACGGGCACAGCAGCUCUCCAAAUACAUCUAGUAAAAAGUGUAAAAAGAGACAGAGACCCAAAGAGGACGAUGGGCCCGAAGGAACUGAAGUGAGUGUGGACUUGAAGGAAAAAAAGAGGAAAAAACGCAGCGAGGAGAGUCUGGAGGCGGACGCUAAACAAGCUUCAGGUGACAAGAGGAGUAAGAAGUCACAUGAAAAGCACGCAGAGAAAAAGAAGUCGAAGAAGAAGGACAAGGAAAAGAGCCCCGUUGCCCCCCCCAAACCAGCUCCAGCUACCAAACAAACAUCAGCUAGUGUUGAGCAGCCAGUUAAAAGAGCCAAGAAGGCCCCAGAAGCAGAAGGAAAAAUACAAAGCAAGAAGCCCACCGUCUCAUCUUCAGAUUCCAGUAGCAGCAGUAGUGAGGAAGAUGAAGCUCCCAAAAGACCACCUGCUCAAAAACCAGCCCCCAAAACACCCUCGUCCACCUCUGCUAGUUCCAAGGCACCUCCAGUCGUUAAACCCACCCCCAAAAAAUCGCAACGUGCCCCGUCAUCGUCUUCAGAAACGGAUUCCUCCUCUGAUGAGGGCCCCAGCGUUAAGAAAGUCCCAGCAAAAACCAAAACUUUAACCUCUUCAUCUCCAAAAAGCAGAAUAAACGACACUUCAAAAUCUCAGCCGGCUUCUUCCACACUGCAGUCCACAAACUGUGCAGCCGCGGCCCGGCCUCCUGUCAGCAAAGUCGCGGAGUCUAGUGGCUCCGACGGAGAAGAAGAGAUCCAGCUGGUUAUCCGGAAACCGAUGCUGCCUCCAGGGUUCGGUGUGGGGGGUCCGCGGUCCCCUUGGAGAGGCUCCACCCGCGUGAAAGGCGGUCGUGGGGAUCAUGGAGACAGGGGACGGGAUAGAGGCAGAGGUCAGGCUGGCAGCUUCGAGUUCAGCUAUGAUCGAUCCAGGGAGCCAAGCUACCAGACUGAUUCACUGAGCAACAAGUCAGUGGUCAUCCAGAAUGGAGUGGAGACCGGCCCCAAACAGGACUACAGCUCUCUGCCGCUGCUGGCCGCCCCCCCUCAGGUGGGGCAGAAGAUCGCCUUCAAGCUGCUGGAGCUUGGUGAGAACUAUGCGCCCGAAAUAUCAGAAUAUAAGGAGGGAAAGAUUGUGAGCUUCGACCUAACAACCAAACAGAUUGAGCUGCAACUCAUUCAUGCCUCUCAAGCUCCUGUAGAACCCGGAAAGUUUGACCUGGUCUAUCAGAACGCUGAUGGCUCGGAGAGUGUAGAGUACGCUGUAUCCAGAGGGGCUUGGGUGACAGAGCGCUGGGAUUCCCUACUGGAACCAAGGCUGAUCAUUUAAAUCAGACAAGUUUUUACAUUCACCUGAUCCUGCAGGAAGGAGAUGCCUUUUUAUCUCAUUAACUUUAUGUCAAAUUCAAAUUGUGCUCCUAGGUUAAAUCUGGAGUUACUUCUUAUCAUGGCAUAUUUUAGCUAAACGAUAUUAUACAGGAAAGGAAGGGAAUAUGAUUGAUUAUAUCCUCUUCCCCCCCUUUUUUUUAACUGUUGCAUUUAAAUUGUGUUCAAAAUUCCGUUAUUUGAAUACGUAGGUAGAAUGACUGAUUGUUUCCAGGGAUGGGACACACUGGUUUAGAUUUUUAUACAAUGAUGUGACGGUGGAUAUCAGUCUUGUUUAAAGUGUUUUCUAAUAAAAAUGUUUAUAAAAACUA